AUGCGACGAUUGUACCUGCUUCCUCUCCAGCGUCUUCAGCCGCAGGCAAGCGUGAAGAAAUGGGAUUCGGAGGGCUUUGUUUGGAAAUCGCCGGGACGCUAUACAGAAAGAAGUGCCGAUGAGCUUUGUUCUCUGCCAUCUGCCAGCAUAGAGAGCGGCCACUCUGUACCCUGCGACGGAGAUUUCGAGAUUUUAAUCGUUGCUGUCAAAACCGGUGAAAGGUACCGCAAAAGGGAGAUUGCAGAGAGCCUGGUGAAGGCCUGUGAGGAACUCCAGAGGAGACUUACACCCGAACCGAACGGGUCGUCGCAUUUGCGAGUGAUGCUCAAGCUCGUCCCGGAGAUCAAUGGACGCUACUGGUUGAAGAAAGGGUCCGGGUUGUAG